AUGCUGCAGGGAAGGUGGAAGUUUCAUGCUCCUCUGCUGUCCUCUUCCUCCUCUCUCCUCCUCUCCCUCCUCUCCCUCCUCCUCCUCCCCAUCGCUCUCCUCUCCGACCCACCUGACCUCGAUGCGCUCUCCUUCGACCCUCCAGUGGGGUCCAUCAUCCGGAGCGAGUCAGUCGAGGUGCUAGUGAAGGCACAAGAGGUUUACAAGGGGCGCGAGGACGGGCAGGGAUGGCGCUGGACGCUGACGAUCAACGACAUGCACUCCCGCGGGCUGGGCAUGAGCGCGGAGCAGGCGAGCAUGUCCCUCAGCCUGCGUCAUGUGGGGGAGGGAGAGCUGAAACUCACCUUCACGCUCACAGUGGAGGAGGAUGUUCACGUCUCGAGGUCCGCUUUCUACAUCAUCAAGAAGAGAUCCCAGGAGGAGGAGGAGGAGGGGGAGGGGGAGGCAGAAGGGGAGGAGGGAAGGGACGCGGACAGCACGUGUGGUCCCAGUAGCGAGCAGGAGAGGCGCGAGAAGCUGCUAGAGUGGGCGCGGGAGCACGGGAUCGGGUUCGAGAAGAUCUCUCUGCAGGAGGAUGAGUUCGGGGGCACCGCCAUGUUCGCGUCGGAGGACCUGGAGGAGGACGAGGUCAUUGGUGUCGUGCCCUUCAGCAUCAGCAUCGGGCGCGAGUCGCUGUGGAGGAGCCGCCAUGGCGAGCUGCUGGGGCAGCUCUACGAGGACGAGCGGACGCCCCCGGAUCUCAUCAGCUGCAUCUUCCUCCUGCUGGAGAGGAGAUCCUCCUCCUCCUUCUUCCGCCCCUACCUCGAUAUGCUUCCUACCCCCUCCGGCGUCAGCAACGUCUUUCACUGGGAUGCGCAUGCCCUGUCUGCCUUCUCCCCCCAUGAAGAAGCGAGAUCGCUCGCCGCUGCCCACCUCAGCUUGUUCGAGCGCACGUACCAGCGCUACUUCACUGUAGUGAACAAGAACGAGGAGUUUCAACGUCAGUUCGGCAAGCACCAAGAAAUUUUCAGUAGAGAUCAGGUUCUCUGGGCUUACAGUCUGCUCAUCUCAAGGGCAUGGGAACAUCCGGACUACAACUACCGGACCAGCUUCCAUCGCAUGCUCCCGAUCGCAGACAUCGCCAACCACAAAAUGUCACCCACGGGGUCGGGCUGGAUGUCUGUUGAGUUCAGGAACCAGCAGGGUGCUGUCUUCCUCGUCACCAGGGGAGGAGCGAUCCGCAGAGGGCAGGAGAUCGUGACCAGCUACUCCAACGCAGGCAACGCGCUGCUCCUCGUGCAGUACGGCUUCAGCUUGUGGCCCAACAAGUACCACUGCCUGCGGCUGCAGGAGGAAGGAGGAGAAGCUGGAGGAGCAGGAGCAGGAGCAGGAGCAGGAGGAGCAGGAGCAGGAGCAGGAGCAGGAAAUUUCAUAGCCCUUAUGGCUGCAAGCCCACUGGGCCUCUGCUUCGACCCAGAGUAA